AAAGUUGAUAUAUGUUUAUAGAGCGUAUGAGAGUUUUGGGUUCUCAUAUGAUUGGUUGGCACUUUGGUGACGGCGUUCUGUGACAUUCCCCGACAAGCUCAUAGAACUAGGUUGUUUUCAAGGUUCCCCAACAUGCAGCAGCUAGACCUCUCCAAUUUCUCAAAAGAUCGUCUGGAGACUCUCCAUCGUAUUCUGGAAGAUAUGCACCAAGCAAGGGCCCUGCAUGGUGAUCCGAUGCCGAGGAAUGUGGUGUGAUGGUCGCUGCAGAUAGGGUGCUUUGGAUCGAUUUCGACUCUACACAGAUGUUUCCGGGCGACCGGGAUAUUCCUCUCUCACCAAAGCAGGAGAUGUGGUUUAGAAAUGAGGAUGAAUUGAUGGACGGAUCUGUUGGGGAUUCGCUCAAGGAUUAUGCAGAGGGAAGGCUGAACUGUGCAUGGUCAUAUUAUUAUGAGUACAUGUUGUACAACUAUCGAGAAAUCAAUCGGAAACCAAGGCUAUUGCUAACUAACGGAGAUAAUGCGGGAUUUGUGGCUACAAUCCCGGCUAAAGCGAAUACGGCUUCAGAGACUGCGGCUAAGCGAGCUCUACCGCAACCGGGGAAGACAAGCAGUGCCAAGGAGAGAAUAAGAGAAGUAAUCACGACGAGCAUGUGCCAUGGGUGUAUUAUACGAGCUACUAUAUCCCAAAGUGGCAAUGCGCGGGGAAAUCCUUUCAACUUGGCACCUUGGCACCUUGGCACCUUGGCGGGUCUGGGCAGCCUUGGCAGUUCGGAUAGAUGACGAAUCCGGGGAGCGGAGAGAGAUGAGGAGAGACCAGGAGAGAUGAGGACCCCACAGAAUUAGUCCCUCUUUUUCCUAUUCCGGAUCCCCCCAUCCGAGCCCCAUGACAUCGAAGGCUUUUCCCAUCAAGUGUCUGACCAGUAUAACCCUGGUCUAACCAAUCAUCAUCAUCUCCUAUGCGGCGCGGCACAGACCCUAGGCUUUACUUUUGCCGACACCGGCUCUUUCCGACAGGAUUUGGAAACAUUCACAAAUACGGGGUAUGCUAUUAUGUACGGAGUACUUGUACGUAUAAUCAGGCUGCAAAGGAA